CCGCCGGCAGCCGCGCGGCUCCACCUGUUGCAGCGUGGGAGCGCGCCGGCCAGGCAAGGCAGAGCCCAGCGUGGACCUCUGCUCCCCGCGCCGCUAUGCAGGGCAGAACCACCAAGAGGAGCGGACCCGGAGGAUAAUCCUGACAGAGCGGCACGGAGGGAGCACUCCCCGGGAGUCUGCCAGCCGGACGCCGCGCAGCGUUGGGGUCGGGCGGGAGAUCCGAACCGGUGAGCCGCACCACCCCUGUGUCCAUGCGCCCGCCGGGGACCUGCUUCAGCCUCUAAGCCCCAAGAGGCCUGAGGCACCACACGACGCCGAGACUGGGACGCACCUCCAAAAGCCAGCAGACUGAGAACCCGCGUCCUAGCCGUCGGCGACUUGAGAAACGAUGGUCAAUGAGACGCAGACCGCGGGACUCCGUUUACCUGCCAGCCUCUGAGGCCCCCAGAUCUUCGCUUUGGGGGAAAGUCAAGUCCGCACGAGUUUGCCCUGAAGACACGCCACGCCCCCUCCCCAGUCGGGGCCGGGCGGGGCGCCUGGGGGAAACGGCGGCCUCAUCCUCGAGCCAAGCAGAAGCGGACUCUGCGCCGGGUCACUCAGCCCUUCAGUGUUCAGAACUCCUAGUGGGGCGGGGACGGCAACGAAAAAGAGGAUUUGAAACCGGGAGUCAAGGCGGACGUGGGGAGCUGGCGCUGCAGGGGAGGUCGACGCGGCGGCCCCAGGAGCCGCGUGGCCUGGAGGAGCGCACGGCGGUCAUGGGCCAGCUGACCGCCGGGCGGCGGGGAGCGGGCUGAGCGCCGGGCCGAUCCCCCAUCUCCCGGGGGAGCUGGGCGACAGUCGGCCCGCGGCCACGGCCGUCCGGCGCGGGGCUGUCCCCGCGGCUCCUGCCAUGGCCGGCCGGGGUUGCGGCUGCAGCUGCGGCCUCGGCCACCUGAACGAGGACAACGCGCGCUUCCUGCUGCUCGCCGCGCUCAUCGUGCUCUACCUGCUGGGCGGCGCCGCCGUCUUCUCGGCGCUGGAGCUGGCGCACGAACGCCAGGCCAAGCAGCGCUGGGAGGAGCGCCUGGCCAACUUCAGCCGCCGCCACAACCUGAGCCGCGAAGAGCUCCGCGGCUUCCUUCGCCACUACGAGGAGGCCACCGAGGCCGGCAUCCGCGUGGACAACGUCCGCCAGCGCUGGGAUUUCACCGGCGCCUUCUACUUCGUGGGCACCGUCGUGUCCACCAUAGGGUUUGGGAUGACGACGCCAGUGACAGUGGGCGGAAAAAUCUUUCUGAUCUUCUACGGCCUCAUCGGGUGCUCCAGCACCAUCUUGUUCUUCAACCUCUUCCUGGAGCGCCUCAUCACCGUCAUCGCCUGUGUCAUGAAAUCGUGCCGCCAGCGGCAGCUGCGGAGACGAGGGGCGCUGCCCCAGGAGAAGACCCCAGGGAAGGGAGAGGUGGACAGCUUGGCGGGCUGGAAGCCCUCCGUCUACUACGUCAUGCUGAUCCUGUGCGUGGCCUCCCUCCUCAUCUCGUGCGGCGCGUCCGCCAUGUACACCUCCAUGGAAGGCUGGAGCUACUUCGAUGCGCUCUACUUCUGCUUCGUGGCUUUCAGCACCAUCGGCUUCGGGGACCUCGUCAGCAGCCAGAACGCCCAGUACGAUAGCCAAGGCCUCUACCGCUUCGCCAACUUCGUCUUCAUCCUCAUGGGCGUCUGCUGCAUCUACUCCUUGUUCAAUGUCAUCUCCAUCCUCAUCAAACAGUCCAUGAACUGGAUGCUGAGGAAGAUGGAUGGCAGGUGCUGCCCACGAUGCCAAAGAAGACUCUUGCAGUCACGGAGGAACGUGGUGAUGCCAGGCAGUGUCCAAAACCAGUGCAACAUCUCCAUAGAAACGGAUGGCAUCAUAGACAGUGACACAGAUGGGCGGCGUCUCUCGGGGGAGAUGAUCUCCAUGAAGGACUUCUUGGCAGCCAACAAGGUCUCACUAGCCAUCCUGCAGAAGCAGCUGUCUGAGUCGGCCAACGGCUGCCCCCACCAGACCAGCACGCUGUCUCUGGACAAUGAAUUCUCAGGGGGGGUAGGAGCCUUUGCGAUAAUGAAUAACCGGCUGGCAGAGACAAGUGGGGACAGGUAGAGGCAAGGAGAGAGUGGAUGAUGAGGGACUGUCACCCAGCUCAGCUCUGUGCCCUGGCUGGGUUCAUUCUGGAGCUGUUCCUUCUAGCCUCGAGCUCAGCUUUAGGAAUCUCGUCAUCUUGUCUCCAAUGAACAGCCACUUUCGAGGGCUCUGCAGCCCUGAUGCCUUUCUCCUCCUUAGCUUUAUUCUUGAAGUCUAAAUUCAGUCUUUUGAAAGUGAACCACUAAACUGACUAGACUUCAAUACAAAUAUAUACACACACACACACACAAAGCUGAGCUGCAAAGGCAGUCUAAGACCUCACGUUGUUUCUUUGCUCAUCUUGCUCCAGGGUUUUAACUGCCUAAGAGAGGGAGGGCUUCCUUAAGCCUUGAUUUCCUGCUGCUCUGUUUGUCAUUUGGAAAUAAAAAUCCCGAAGCUCCUAAUUUCCCCCUGGAA